AUGUUCUGCACAGUUAUAUGGCUUGUAUGGAAGAGUAUGUGCAAAUUAAUUCACACGGACAAGGAGGAUUCUGAAAACUCAAUUGCUGCAAAUGCUAUUUCUUAUGCAGUAAAAAGUAACUUUUCAAAUCUCCAACCGAAAAUCUGGGAUGCUAACCAGCGAUUGUUGUCUUCUCAUUGGUAUCCCCCUCCUCCUGGUUGGAUUAAAAUUAAUAUAGAUGGUACUCUAAAGAAGAACAACAGAGCUGGAAUUGGAGGUGUUGUAAGAGAUGACAAGGGUCGAUUCCUGCUAGCUUUCAGUAAUCCAAUACUGCACUGGGAUGCGGCUCAAACGGAAUUAUGUGCUGUGUUGUUUCUAAAGAAUGUGGUGAAAGAUUGGAUGUAUGAAGCACUAGGAGUUAUCAUUGAAGGUGACAACCGGAACAUCAUCAACUUGCUUCAAAUUUCAGUCAAAAGGUGGAAGGUUAGCAAUGUUAUUGAGGAUAGUUUAGCUUUCUUACUUGAUUUCAAGCAAAUUAUUUUUUCUUAUUCUAGUAGACUUGGUAACAAAUUAGCGGACAUUUGUGCUAAUUUGUCUAUAGAUAGAUCUUUUAUGUGGGAAGAUCUCCAUGGUAAAUCCAUUCCUCCUUUCUUGUAUUGUUUGAAGGAGUGUGAUGCUUUAGAUGUUCCUUGA